AUGGCAACUCCCAAGAAAGUCUGCAUUAUUGGCUCUGGCAAUUGGUAAGAAAACAUAUCUAUAUCGAAGGCUUUGUGUUUGUGUGUGGGUGUACAGGGUGCUGUUGCUAGAGAGACGCAGCAUAGCCUAUAAUCAUAGCAGAAAGCGUAGUAGCUCAUGUGGUUUUGCUUACAGACUGGAGACCAUAUUUAUGACAAUGUUAUGAGACAGACACUUUGUUAUAGGCCUACAUCAUGCACACAUCAUGCACGUACUGUUUCUCCGAUCAAAUAGGCCAAAUGUAUGGCUAUCAAAGAAAAAUGCGCUUGGAUUUGAAUAUGUUAACAACAAACACCAUAUCCUAAAAACAGCAAAUACAAAUGCGCUUGGAUUUGAAUAUGUUAACAACAAACAUCAUAUCCUAAAAACAGCACAGGUCAGAAUAAAAUGGACAAUAUGGAAUGAAAUGAUCCCAGUAAGCAAAAAUUACGUUGAAAAGACGUCUAACAUGCUGACCACACCGCACGCGUCGCAAAACAAAUGUACACAUACAUGUUAUUCAAUCAUUGCACCUACGUUGCUCGCGCGCGUCAACAAGCGUCUGCGUGGCCAGGCGCUAAAAGUAGAACUUGGUUCUAUUUGUGAUGCUUGACACGCUGCAUGUCCUGCCUCUCCCAUCUCCUCAUUGGUUUUUAGGAACAUAUACCCACAUGGGUGAUUGAAAGGGGAACUGAGGUCCAAACUCCAGUCCAGUUGGUGGUGGUAAUGCACCUUAAAGUUGGUUGCUACCGCCAUAUAAACUCCAAAGAAGAAGAAGAAGCCAUUACUAGAAACAAACUAUGUUUACACUUUUAUCUGUGGAUUAAUUGUCAGAGUAGAGGACCAUGUGCAUUUCAGGGAAAAUAACAACCCAAUGUUUAUAUCCCAGGACAAAUGAGCUAGUAACAGCAAGCUAGCUAGCUAAAUAUACAAAUGUUUAAUGCUUUUCGACCUCUCUCCAAAUUUAAUAGUUGGUUCAGAGUUCGUUUUGAUAUUUCAACCUGCGUGUCCUGAGCGCGUCUGGUGUGGGUGGACAAAAUCAACAUGCGCGCGAUGGCUAACGUGGACGCACGCGUGCGGGCGGUCUGGUCAGCAUGUAAAAGUAUUUUCCAGACGAUGAAGUUAGGUCCAUUUUAGGUUCUGAAUCAAAGGUGAAAAUAACGUAUUUUCCGGACGUUUAAAAUAUGUAUUUUCCGGACGUUGAAAAUACGUUUUUUUCCUGACGUGGAAAUCCAGUUAAUUUUCAGUUCUGAAUGAUAGUUGAAAAUAAGUUUUUCGGGACAUUGAAAAUAUGUACUUUCCGGAUGUUGAAAAUACGUAUUUUCUGGACGUGAAAUCAAGUUCAUUUUCGGUUCUGAAUGAAAGUUGAAAAUACGUUAUUUACAGACAUUGAAAAUACAAUUUUGGCCAAAUUUCAACUGCACAUACAUUCUCAAUUAAGUAAGCAUUAAGCUAUAUCAAAAUAAUUAUUUAUUAUUAUUUAUUAUAGGAAACAGGAGCCAACUGAAGAUUGCAACAUAGAAUACUUACUAUUGCGCCCAAAAAGCUUUAAAAGUGGCAGUGAUGAUGUUCAAAGUCUCCAGUCUACAGAAUAAACCAACAGACCACUUCAACUACAAAAAUAUUCUCAGUAACGGUUACAGAAAUAUUGUUUUCUUGAUAUGACUGUGAUAUGUUGUUGCUUAUCUACCUUAUAAGAUAAAAGCGUCUGCUGAAUGACCAAAAUGUAAAUGUAAAAACAAACACUUGCAAAGCAUGCUGGGUAUUAUUAUAAUAAGCUCCGCCCCCAAACAAGUACACAUUUGGGUCAGUCCAGACCGGACCAAAUCUGAACCAAGCAUAGAAGUCUAUGUUUGGGCCAAAUCAGGGCCAGACCAGACCAAAUCUGAACCAAACAUAGACGUCUAUGAUUGGUUCAGAUUUGGUCCGAUCUGGACCGGACCAAAAAUCAACGUCCUUGGACGUUAUAAUCAAGGCCGGUCUGGACCGCACCAAAAAAAGACAGCGGUCAAACUUUUUUCAUUAUGUAACCCGACAUUUUUACUGGAUAUGUGUGCAACCAAAGUUCAACAUUCACCUUAUGCUACUAUUUCUGCCAAGUCUACGCAUACAAUUUGAUGCAUACGUUUGAUAUAUCCAACGUAUGCACCACACAGAUCACAGUUAUGCACUGCAACUGCCUCUGAAACGCAAUGCUGCAAGGCAAACGCAGCGUUAUAUUGGAAAUGAAUGUACUUCCAGUGUACCAAUAUGCAAUGAUGCUGUCGGUCUGAUUUACCUCGUUUACAUCGUGACAUAUUUCAUUACGCCGUACGUCAUCUUCAUGUAAUCUUGUUCCGUUACUGGACGGAGAGCAUAGGGCAGCCAUUCUCAACUGGCAGACUGCGGUCCGGAUCUGGACCCAGAAUGGGAUCAAUACGGGCCGCUUUCAACUUACUUCUGUUGAGAGUUGUACUAGUAGAAUGGCUGCACACGGUGCAAUUAAUUUGGUAGUGCAUGGUCAUUUUUCCUCGUUAUGUCAUACACUAACAGACCUGGAGGAGAGCCUAGUCUAUUGUCAGAGAUCAUAUUUAUUUUGGGAGAUUGCAGAUUGUUUCAGGUGAUAAUACAACUUUUUCCUCAACUUGUUUCUCUAACUUCCUAGCAAGUCGAGCUAGCUUACAGAGCAGCUAGCUAGUUAACAAGCUAAAAGCUAGGCUAGGUUGAAUAUACUGUAGCUAGCGACCACCUAAUACUUAUCCUCAAAAAGAAACAAAAACAGAAGGCAACAGUCAUAUAAUAUAAUGUGUUUAGCAGCCAAUGUGUAUUAUUUAAUAUUACUAUUAAAAUAGUACUCACUUAUAGGAAUGGGUAAUUGUUUACUAGCUAUACCAUCACUGAAAACCACAUAUUUUCAUCUUGUUCUGUGGUUUGGUAACUUCCUGUUCUAUUAACGGAAUCUAGCUGCACUAAAGACGAGCUGAUCAUAGCGAAAAAGAGAAUACUUCUGCAUUUCCCGCUUUGUAAACACAUUGAUUCUCUUUGCAAAUAGGCUCCAACUAACUCCUGAUGGGUAGCUGAUAUGCAUAUCUUAAAUAGCCAAAAUGAUGUCUUAAGCUUAGGUCAGGAAUCCGGACUAGGCUAAUAAAGCCAAUGCAACUGCCUGUUUUACAAACGGUACAACACGGAUCGGCAUUCAUUAAAUUGCAUUGCAGGCCGACACUGUAGGCUACACCAGAGCCAUCUAAAUAUAUGGUUCUGGGCUACCCCACUGGGCAAGAACUGGUUGAAUCAACAUUGUUUCCACAUAAUUUCAACCCCAAAAUUCAGUGAUGACGUUGAAUCAUCGUGGAAAAAUUAUUGGAUUUGCAAACAGUCAUCAACGUAAAGGAAUUUCAUAUUUUUUUCACCCAACUUUUAACCUAAAUCCAAUGACAGGGUGAAUUUUUAGUUGAUUUCACGUUGAAUUCACAUUAGUUGACAACUCAAUCAAAUGUAAAUAAAAACUAGACGUUGAACUGACGCCCAGUGGGUUGCUAGGCCCUAUUCUAGUUUUGCGGGAAUAGGAGAAGGGCGGCAAUUUUUUUGUCUCACCUAGGCGGCAGAACGGCCAGGACCAGGCCUGGGCGUGCUGCAGCUAGCUAGCAUGCCUAGUUAGAUCAUUCUAGCAGCAUUUCCCAUGGAAACAAGUCACUCGAGCAGUAGCUACAUGAUGCUGACCCUUGCCUUGCAGUAAAGCUGCUCUUGGAUUGUAAUGAUAGCACCACAUGUAUUUAUUUGAGUAAUGAGAUUCAUCUUACAUUGUUGCAUUAUGUAACGUUUAACCAGAAUUGGCCACUGAAUGCAAGGCCAGCAAACAAACUAACUUUAGCUGGUCAACAAUCCAAGUGAUGAUCAAGCCUUCAACCAUAAAACGGACAGGGAGGGUGCAGCAACUACCAUUUGCCUAUUUAAUAGGAUAAUUGAUGGUCAAUCUUGCAAGUUGCAAAUUUGCAAUAAGAUGAAGUUGUUUGUGCUCUGGGCUCUUUCCAAAAAGUAUUUUGGGCAUUUGCAUUGUUCAAUCUAGGGUGCAUGUGCACAGUUCAGAUGUUCUUUCCGAAAAUCGCAGAUAGAAUAGAAUAGGUAUUCUAGGUGUCUAGGUAUUGAAUUAAAUCAUGGACGACAAACUUAAAGGCAUGAUUAUAUUGCAAUUUCUCUACUAUACAGGGGCUCUGCUAUUGCCAAAAUAGUGGGUUCCAAUGCUGCGCAGAACUCCAAGUUUGACAACACAGUGACCAUGUGGGUGUUUGAGGAGAUGGUGGAUGGUCGCAAGCUGACAGAUAUCAUUAACACCGACCAUGAGAACGUCAAGUACCUGCCUGGACACAAGCUACCCCCCAAUGUGGUGAGAAACACAUCAAACGCCACUAUGUGUUGUAAUCCUACUCGGGAAUGGGAUUUAUUUUUCUAUAAUCCUUUAUUCACAUAAUUUAAAUUGACCUACCCCUAAACCAAUACCCUUUUUGCCUGUAUCAAUGUUACCCUGAUCACAUCUUGCCAAAUGCUGUGUGACCGUUUCUUCUGUCACAACUAGGAGGUCCUAAUGUGAUGAGUAAUAAACUGCUGUGGGGAAUAGGGCCCGAUGUCUGCUGCUGGUCCAUGUGUGUAAAGGGUCAGCCCUGGCUCAGUUAUUAUGUGUUGCAACUGCAGCUGUCCUUGCAGCUCUCAGUACCUCUCACUACAAUCCCCACCACUAUAGUAUUGUGAAUCCCUGCCACCUGGCUUUUGUAGGAUGGGUCAUUCUGACUUGACUGAUUUAGCACAGACCAACCAGUCACUGCAUUAUGGAACACAAUUAUAAAAUUAAACUUUAUAAUGAAAUCAUUUUUUGCAGGAGGCCAAAUUUUGAUGCCUUUGAUUUAGCUUUGUGCACUGUGGCACACGCUAUUUAGAACUGAUAACGGAUUCAUUUUACAAUGUGCAAGGACUACAGUGGCUUCACCCCCCCUUGGCAUUUUUCCUAUUUUGUUGCCUUACAACCUGGAAUUAAAAUGGAUUUUUUGGGAGUUUGUAUCAUUUCAUUUACACAACAUGCCUACCACUUUGAAGAUGCAAAAUAUUUUUUUAUUGUGAAACAAACAACAAAUAAGACAAAAAAACAGGAAACUUGAGCGUGCAUAACUAUUCUACAUAGUCAAUACUUUGUAGAGCCACCUUUUGCAGCAAUUACAGCUGCAAGUCUCUUGGGGUAUGUCUCUAUAAGCUUGGCACAUCUAGUCACUGGGAUUUUUGCCCAUUCUUCAAGGCAAAACUGCUCCAGCUCCUUCAAGUUGGAUGGGUUCCGCUGGUGUACAGCAAUCUUUAAGUCAUACCACAGAUUAUCAAAUGGAUUGAGGUCUGGGCUUUGACUAGGCCAUUCCAAGACAUUUCAAUGUUUCCCCUUAAACCACUCGAGUGUUGCUAUAGCAGUAUGCUUAGGGUCAUUGUCCUGCUGGAAGGUGAACCUCCGUCCCAGUCUCAAAUCUCUGGAAGGCUGAAACAGGUUUCCCUCAAGAAUUUCCCUGUAUUUAGCGCCAUCCAUCAUUCCUUCAAUUCUGACCAGUUUCCCAGUCCCUGCCGAUGAAAAACAUCCACACAGCAUGGAUGGUGUUCUCUGGGUGAUGAGAGUUGUUGGGUUUGCGCCAGACAUUUUCCUUGAUGUCCAAAAAACUAAAUUUUAGUCUCAUCUGACCAGAGUACCUUCUUCCAUAUGUUUGGGGAGUUUCCCACAUGGCUUUUGGCGAACACCAAACGUGUUUGCUUAUUUUUUCUUUAAGCAAUGGCUUUUUUCUGGCCACUCUUCCGUAAAGCCCAGCUCUGUGGAGUGUACGGCUUAAAAUGGUCCAAUGGACAGAUACUCCAAUCUCCGCUUUGGAGCUUUGCAGCUCCUUCAGGGUCAUCUUUGGUCUCUUUGUUGCCUCUCUGAUUAAUGCCCUCCUUGCCUGGUCCGUGAGUUUUGGUGGGCGGCCCUCUCUUGGCAGGUUUGUUGUGGUGCCAGAUUCUUUCCAUUUUUUAAUAAUGGAUUUAAUGGUGCUCCGUGGGAUGUUCAAAGUUUCGGAUAUUUUUUGAUAACCCAACCCUGAUCUGUACUUCUCCACAACUUUGUCCCUGACCUGUUUGGAGAGCUCCUUGGUCUUCAUGGUGCCGCUUGCUUGGUGGUGCCCCUUGCUUAGUGGUGUUGCAGACUCUGGGGCCUUUCAGAACAGGUGUACAUAUACUGAGAUCAUGUGACAGAUCAUGUGACACUUAGAUUGCACACAGGUGGACUUUAUUUAACUAAUUAUGUGACUUCUGAAGGUAAUUGGUUGCACCAGAUCUUAUUUAGGGGCUUCAUUGCAAAGGGAAGGAAUACAUAUGCACGCACCACUUUUUCCCAAAAAUAUUUUUUUAUUUUUUUCAUUCCACUUCACCAAUUUUGACUAUUUUGUGUAUGUCCAUUACAUGAAAUAUAAAUACAAAUCCAUUUAAAUUACAGGUUUUAAUGCAACAAAAUAGGAAAAACGCCAAGGGGGUUGAAAACUUUUGCAAGGCAUUGUAUAUUAGACAAACAGGCUAAGGCCAGUGCCCUGACUGUCCCCUCUCCUUUCUCUCCCCCAGUUGGCUGUUCCUGAGCUGGUGGACGCUGCCAAGGAAGCAGACAUCCUAGUGUUUGUGAUACCCCACCAGUUCAUCGGCAGAGUGUGUGACACCAUGAAGGGGAAGAUAAAGAGCGAUGCACUAGGAAUGUCACUCAUCAAGGUUUGGCUAAGGGCCUCAUUACACUACACUACUACACUUUGAUAACGCAAACUAGGUCCAGGAGAGAUACUUGUGUAGUGUAAAGAGACAGAUCUAGAUUCAAAUCUCUCUUUAAGGGAUGUCUCCCAUACUACCAUCUGGAGGUAGUGUGGGAGACAUCUACACAACAUCCCCCCUCUGAGUGGUACAGUGUAAAGACAAAGGCUCUCCCACACCACAUGUUCCUGCAAGAAUUACCUUAAAACCAGUAGACAGCAUUUUUGCUCUGUUAGCCAAAUAGAAAAUGAAAGGCUUUUAAAAUAUCCACACAUUUGUGAAUCAUUGCAUUAAUCAAUCGUGCCACACUAUGUGCAAAAUGGUUUAGAUGGGAAGCUCCUGUAUAAUUUAAAUUGCUAUCCUUAUUUUGUUUGUCUAUAUACUAUGGUAUUUACGGUAUGCUAAUAGCUGCACCUACAGGUGAAGCAGGAAUGUGCCUUUGGUCAUGCUACAUCCAAGUCUGAUGUUGAAGAGAGAUAGAUUUCACUACACAUAUUUUACAAAUGUAUAUCCAUCCUAAUACCCAUGCUCUCCUCACUGUGAAUGGGCUGUGUGUGUUUCUCAACCUUUUUUACAUAAGGGACUGGAUUGGCUGGGUUUGGUGCUCCUUUGGGGACUAUUCUAAUUAAAACUAGCACUUGAGAACUUAUGAAAUCGGUGCUUGUUAAUUUUCUUACACACUGGUCACUCAAUCAUUGAGAAAACGUGUCCUACUCUGUCCUUAUCUUGAUCCUUGAAAGAAACUAUCUGACCCUCAUUAUCAUGCUCUGUCAAUCAUUGACUCCUUCAGCCUCUUGCAUUACAAAUUAAGGGGUGGUUUACAGUACACAGAUUACAGUAAAACUAAUCCUGGACUAAAAAGCAACCUAAAUGGAGAAUCUCAUUGAAAAUACCUUUUAGGCCAGGGUUAGGCUUAUGCUGCAUUCAUAACCAAGUAGGAAAGUUGAAAUAACCAGUUAUGAAGUCGUAAAUACUAGUUAGAUGCAUUCACGUGCUUUGAACUCGUUGAGAAACGCCCAUUGGCUAAUGGCCAACAAGCUGCGUCAACCAUGAACUAAAAGUACAGCUAUCAAAUCAAAUGUAUUGGUUAUUGCGAGUGUAGUGAAAUGCUAGUGCUUCUAGUUCUGACAGUGCGGCAAUAUCUAGCAAGUAAUAUCUAACAGUUCCACAACAAAUAUCUAAUACACACAAAAGGAAUGGAAUAGUUCUUCCCGGCUGUAUGGAAUAACACUUUUUCUGGGCUAACAAAAUACUGCAAAGUUUCCUAAGGACUAGAAGCGACGCAGCCCUUUCUGUCUGCGCCAUUUUAGCCGACCAUCAUGCUUGUAAACAAAUUAUAGUGUUCAAAAAACAUAUUAAUAUAUUGCUUUUUAUAAAUCAUGUUUUGUUGUUGCAUUUAAUUGACAGAAAUGCUGUUAUCGUAUAAUUCCCAUAGUAGGUGACGUCAGAGGUCAGCAUGUAGGAGAAGUCGGAGUUCAGGGAUGAUAGACGAGUUUCCCACUUGUAAUUACCAGUUGGAGGGGUGUUUCCAGUCGUAUAUGGUAAAUACCACCUUCUCAGUUGGUUAUGAACGCAGGGUUAAUCUAUGUCCAGGAAACCACCCCUAAAGGUUUUAAAGCAGUAGUUUCAAGUUUUAUUUGUCGUAUGUACUGUAUACACAUGGUAUACACUGUCCAACGAAAUGCUUACUUGCAGGAUCCUUCUCAACAAUGCAACAACAAUAACAAAUAAGAAAAUAUAAGAAUACAUCAAGUAAAUGGCUCAGUAGAAUAGAAUAGACAUUUUAGCAUAAGUAUAAUACAGGAAGGCACAAUUUAUAGCACAAUGUAUCAAGGAAGGGAGGAUUGGGGGGCAAGUGUUUAAAUUGUGCAGUAUUAGCAAUAAUAAAUAAGUAGUGUUGCCAGAUUCUGAUUGUGUUAAUGUGAAGUUAUUAUGUAGUUAAAUGCUCCACUGUAAUAUACAGUACCUCUCUUGAAUUGCUUUAUUGUGCGUACCGUAUACUGAGUACUCAUGUGCUGUGUGUUCUACUCCAGGGUGUGGAUGAGGGUCCAGAUGGGCUGAAGCUCAUCUCUGAUGUGAUCCAGGAGAAGCUGGGCAUCACCAUGAGUGUGUUGAUGGGGGCCAACAUCGCCAACGAAGUCGCCGAUGAGAAGUUCUGUGAGACCACUAUCGGUUAGACUCAUGGGGUUAAGGGGAACAUUUACUUAGGAGAGAAAAUUAACCUUGUGAAAAUGAACUUUGUGGGCUGGGUUAUCAUUACAUACAGUGGGGAGAACAAGUAUUUGAUACACUGCCGAUUUUGCAGGUUUUCCUACUUACAAAGCAUGUAGAGGUCUGUAAUUUUUAUCAUAGGUACACUUCAACUGUGAGAGACGGAAUCUAAAACAAAAAUCCAGAAAAUCACAUUGUAUGAUUUUUAAGUAAUUAAUUUGCAUUUUAUUGCAGGACAUAAGUAUUUGAUACAUCAGAAAAGCAGAACUUAAUAUUUGGUACAGAAACCUUUGUUUGCAAUUACAGAGAUCAUACGUUUCCUGUAGGUCUUGACCAGGUUUGCACACACUGCAGCAGGGAUUUUGGCCCACUCCUCCAUACAGACCUUCUCCAGAUCCUUCAGGUUUCGGGGCUGUCGCUGGGUAAUACGGACUUUCAGCUCCCUCCAAAGAUUUUCUAUUGGGUUCAGGUCUGGAGACUGGCUAGGCCACUCCAGGACCUUGAGAUGUUUCUUACGGAGCCAAUCCUUAGUUGCCCUGGCUGUGUGUUUCGGGUCGUUGUCAUGCUGGAAGACCCAGCCACGACCCAUCUUCAAUGCUCUUACUGAGGGAAGGAGGUUGUUGGCCAAGAUCUCGCGAUACAUGGCCCCAUCCAUCCUCCCCUCAAUACGGUGCAGUCGUCCUGUCCCCUUUGAAGAAAAGCAUCCCCAAAGAAUGAUGUUUCCACCUCCAUGCUUCACGGUUGGGAUGAUGUUCUUGGGGUUGUACUCAUCCUUCUUCUUCCUCCAAACACGGCGAGUGGAGUUUAGACCAAAAAGCUAUAUUUUUGUCUCAUCAGACCACAUGACCUUCUCCCAUUCCUCCUCUGGAUCAUCCAGAUGGUCUAUGACAAACUUCAGACGGGCCUGGACAUGCGCUGGCUUGAGCAGGGGGACCUUGUGUGCGCUGCAGGAUUUUAAUCCAUGACGGCGUAGUGUGUUGCUAAUGGUUUUCUUUGAGACUGUGGUCCCAGCUCUCUUCAGGUCAUUGACCAGGUCCUGCCGUGUAGUUCUGGGCUGAUCCCUCACCUUCCUCAUGAUCAUUGAUGCCCCACGAGGUGAGAUCUUGCAUGGAGCCCCAGACCGAGGGUGAUUGACCGUCAUCUUGAACUUCUUCCAUUUUCUAAUAAUUGCGCCAACAGUUGUUGCCUUCUCACCAAGCUGCUUGCCUAUUGUCCUGUAGCCCAUCCCAGCCUUGUGCAGGUCUACAAUUUUAUCCCUGAUGUCCUUACACAGCUCUCUGGUCUUGGCCAUUGUGGAGAGGUUGGAGUCUGUUUGAUUGAGUGUGUGGACAGGUGUCUUUUAUACAGGUAACGAGUUCAAACAGGUGCAGUUAAUACAGGUAAUGAGUGGAGAACAGGAGGGCUUCUUAAAGAAAAACUGUCUGUGAGAGCCGGAAUUCUUACUGGUUGGUAGGUGAUCAAAUACUUAUGUCAUGCAAUAAAAUGCAAAUUAAUUACUUAAAAAUCAUACAAUGUGAUUUUCUGGAUUUUUGUUUUAGAUUCCGUCUCUCACAGUUGAAGUGUACCUAUGAUAAACAAUUACAGACCUCUACAUGCUUUGUAAGUAGGAAAACCUGCAAAAUCGGCAGUGUAUCAAAUACUUGUUCUCCCCACUGUACGUUUGAAUGGCGUGCUGUCCCUUGUCUUUUUCCCUUCCUGAAAAUGCCUCUUAAUAGUUUGGGUAGAUUAUACAGCACAGUGCAAACUGAAAAGUAAGGCAUUAAUAUAAACUGUUUUGAGAGUUGGUCCAUUUUGUCAGUGUGUGUGUAGACAUUAGUAAAGGUGUUCACCAUAGAUGUUAGACGUUUAGUUGUUAGAGACUGAACUGGAGUAGAAAAAAGUAAAUAGGCAAAACUUGUUUUUGUAAGGACAGCCUUUGCCAGAUUUAAUCAACCUGCAAUAAAACAAUGUCUCUGCUCAAGACUGCCAUGUCAGCAUGGGGGUAAAAGUCUGGCUGUUUACAUUACAGAGAGUGAGCUGGCUUAUUUUACGGUAGUUCUGUACACUUGUAAUUGUAUGCAGCACUAGUGAACUCUGGUAUGUCAUUUCUGUACUGUGUAUUUGAAACAUGACAUUGAGCAUGUCUAGGGCCAAGUUGUUCCUUACUGUGUGACCUGCCCAUGAAAACACUGUGCCCUAGCCUAUAAGUCUGGGCCCUGAGUGGACCUUGAGUUUUCUGGGUUAAGCCACGUGGUCUGGAAAAACUCCAGCACUAAGCAUGACAAUACAAGAGUGGUGAAGUAUUUGAACGGGGUGGUUGUGAAAGAUACGGAUGUUAGGAUCGAAAAGGGUCAUUUCUCAUUCUCCCUCUCUCCCCAGGAUGUAAGAAUACAAAACAUGGGGCUUUGCUGAAGGAACUCAUGCAGACCAGUAACUUCCGGGUCACGGUAGUGGAGGAGUCCGAUGUGGUUGAAAUCUGUGGAGCACUGAAGGUGAGCACUCAACCGUUAAGAGAUUCUGCUUGGCCUCGUCUUACUUCAUGUCUAGUCAUGUUGUCUCGAUGUCUGAAUCUCAAUUAAUCUACUUCUUACUGAAAACAUAAAAGGGUAGUGAGAAGAGGGCUAGACGAGAGAAAGUGUGCUUGUAAGAAAUUACUGCCCUAAUGUGUUGAAGCCAUUAACCUCUGCGGCUGUCAGAACAUUGUGGCGGUGGGGGCGGGCUUCUGUGACGGCCUGGGCUUCGGGGACAACACGAAGGCGGCGGUGAUCCGGCUGGGCCUGAUGGAGAUGAUCGCCUUCGCACGAAUCUUCUGCACUGCCGGGCCCGUCUCCUCUGCCACCUUCCUGGAGAGCUGUGGCGUUGCCGACCUCAUCACGACCUGCUACGGCGGCCGCAACCGCAAAGUGGCCGAAGCCUUUGCUAAAGGGGGGAAGGUGAGAGGGGACGUUACUAAUUGGCUUUUAGGGUCGAUAUAAAAAUGAAGGUUUGAAUUAUAGCAUUUAGGAUUGGAAGGGGGAAAAAUACAGUAGAUGAACGCUGUAAUUAUUAGGUUUGAAAAUAAAGGGGGCCACAGAUAAAGUUAGUAAAGUAAAGAGAGUGAGUUUCAUUUCAAUGUUGUUUUGGAGAGUGGUGUAAUACUACAAUAGUAGUCUUGACUUAACUGCCAUGUCUGUAUUCUGCUCAGUCAAUUGAAGAGCUGGAGAAAGAGAUGCUGAAUGGACAGAAGCUCCAGGGACCAGCAACAGCAGCUGAAGUCCAUGUUAUCCUAAAGAACAAAAAUCUGCUUGACAAGUAGGCACAGAAAUCAAACCACUCUUUCACCCAUUGAAGAAACUGAUUAUACAUUAAAUGUGAUGAUUCACUUACCAAAAACCUCUUGCUCUGUCACCUCAGUUAAAUGCAGAUAAAAGGAUAAAUAUGAAAUGGUCAAAACAAUGCAGUUAUUCUCAAAGGACAAAGACUGUGACAACUCAACAAUCCCUCCCUCCCUCCCUCCCGUCCCAGGUUCCCACUAUUCAACGCUGUGUACCAGAUCUGCUACCAGGGCCAUCCGAUCACAGAGUUCAUCAAACGUUUGCAGAACCACCCAGAGCAUAUGUAGGCUAACAGACUGACCAAGUGCCAGGAGAAGGAUCAACACCACUUCCACUUUGUACCGGAUAGGAAAAUACGUACACUUGCACACUCCACAGCUCCGAUGCAGCAAGCAGACUCCAUCGGACGAUGUGAAGUAAAGUUAGCUUGCAUUGGACUUGUGGUGUGUGCUGCAGCUAUCUACUCUGUACUGUCUAAGUGGUGUGGUUUUUGUAUGUACCGCUAUAGUACAAGUGCUUUUCUCCUCCUGGUUUUCAACAGGAGUGUGACCCAGCAUGUUUUUGUUGUCACCCAAUCAGACGCCACUGUCCAUCCUCAGCUGUUAUCUUGGUCUGUCCAUUGUGACCUCACUUUCUUAUUGUUUGGCUUAUUCAUGUUAAUUGUGGUAGGGCGUUGUAGCAGAUGCUAGGCUAUUUGUGUCCUUCAAAUCAAACUUUAUUUGUCACAUGCGCCGAAUACAAC